AUGGAGGCUGGAAAUGUCACCAACGUUAAUUUUACUGGCGGCGCUCAACACAGAGGCGGCUCAUGCCAGUUCAGCAUCACGUACGAUACUCCCGACAAUGGACAGUUGAACGAGAAGACAAGGUUCAAGACUAUAUACACCACCAUCGGGGGCUGUCCGGCGCAGUUUACGAAUGAGAUGGCAAACCUACCUGCGCCAUAUCAUGAUGCUGAGCAACGACUAGACACUGAGCAUUGUGGUAAUAACACUGAAUUUAAUGGCAUGAGGAAUUUCCUGGGACUGGAACCACCACUAUCGGAGUACCAUCCAUAACGCCAACAAAUGCGGUCACCGUCUCAUCUACUGGCGAAGUCUGUGAACCCGACACCUCUACACCAGCAGUCACCAACACAGCCCCUUCAACCCCCCCCACCCCCACCCCCGGAGGAAACUACACCGCCAGUAGCCACCACCUCAACCAAAAAGCCCGGAAUCACUUCCAUACUCCCCAUCGAAGACACGACGCUCACAACCUCGACUCUCUCAACCACACCCCUCCCGCUCGCUACUGCUCCACUGCCAGGAUCAAUCCAGAUGCCCAAGCCAGCGGCCAACGCGGUCCCAUGCACAAAGCAUGAGCGAGGAGGAGGAGGCUUCGUUCCUUUGGUGAAGUUUUGGGAACGUUAAGGGAGUAUAGAAUCAUGAUAGGGCAGUUGGUAAUACGCUUGGACAGUACAAUUUUUGGAGAUUGUAAUUAUAGCUGAUUAGGUCGCAAUAUCACAGUUUUGUGUUUAAAAUUUGCUAGAUGUGUUAUCAUUAUCUUUGGUGAACUGAGCUUCAACGUAAAAGGCAAGUCAGCCUCCUACCUACUUAUCCUUUAUCGCUGGUUGAUGAAUUAUCAUUUGAAGCCUAUCGGCAAGAUAUCAUCGGGGGAGACUACGCUCACAUGUUGGCGUGGGGUCAUUUCGUUGAGGUCCAUGCUCAUGCCCUACUUGUGCAGCAACAAGAGCAGCAUACUCCCUCAUACCCACGCUCCCAUCCCUCAACCCAGC